AUGAGUGUAUGGGCAACGUUGUUCCUUGAAGGCUGGAAGAGGUAUCAUGCAGAGAUUGCGUGGAAAUGGGGUUUGAUGGAUUUUGUUGUCGAAGAAGAUACAGUCCGCCCCGAGUUUCAAUAUCGCGUGAAAACAAAACGCUACAACCCAGUUACCGAACAAGAUGAACCUUACUUAUCGGGUAAAAAGAAAUGCGCCAAUUUCUUUGCGGCUAUGGUUACUGUUGUGUUCUUCAUGUGCCUCGUACUAGCUGUAGUUUUCGGUAUGGUCGUGUAUCGUGUAAUAUGCAUGCGGUUAUUGGCCAGUAUGGAUAAUCCAACAGUCGAUUCGUACGCGUUUCUAAUCGUUUCUGCCACUGCUGCUAUGAUCAACCUCUGCAUCAUUUUGACAAUGAAUUAUUUCUACAACUCUCUGGCUCAUCGCCUAACUCGUUGGGAAUGCCCAAGAACUCAAGCGGAUUUUGAUAACAGCUACACGUUCAAAGUAUUCCUUUUCCAAUUU